AUGGACAAGCUCCUCAAUCUCAAUUCCAAGCGCCAGAGAGAUCGAAAAUGGGAGGACCUAGACCCAGACUGUUUGGCCAACGUCUUCGUCAAAGUCGGAAUUGAGUCUCUGCUCUUGUUCGUCCCCUUCGUCUGCAAGUCCUGGUACAGAGCGAGCAAGAACCCCGUGUGCUGGGAACGCCUCGUCUUCCCAGACAGCGAAGAAGAAGCUACAGACGAUCCAUGGAGCCUCGACGACAAUGCCGCCAAUCUUCCAUGGACCUACGCCAACCGCAUCGAAAGCCAGUCCUUCGAUUACUUCGUGAGGAGAUUCGCGCGCGAGUUUCAAAUCCACUGGACCCGUUUCUCAAUCCCUAGCUUCAUCAAAAUGGUCAUCAAUCGCAGCGGCGGCAACGCCAAGUUUCUGAAAAUCCCCGGGAUUUGCAGCCACUACGUGAACGCCAUUGAAAAAAUACUGGAACACAUCAGCAAGAACUGUAAGGGCUUCGUUGGGCUGCACGUGGCCUUCGCCGCGAUUGGCACGAGCGAGGCCUCUGCGAUCGUGAAAUUUGUGCCCAAUUUGAAGUACAUGUGCUUCAGGAAGUCGCGCCUGGAGAAGAACGAUCUGGUGAUGUUGCUGAAGGAGUGCAGAGAGCUUGUGCUUCUGGAUGUGAGGGAGUGCGAGGGUUUUGACGAGCGUGAUGAGGAGAUUUUGGAGCUGGCUUCUCAUAUCCCUAAGUUUAGGUGUAAGGGUUCCAAAACGCACGUUUUGAGUGACAAUGAUUUGGAGGUUGCAUAUCGUGAAAUAAUUGAGAUUGACGAUGAGUGA